GCUAGUGUUUGUGCAAUCAUAGUUUUGUGUUGUGAUAACUAAAGCUAUUAAUUACUUUUCUUGCUCUUGUACUGGAUAAAAUAUUGAGUUUAACAAAGAUGGUACUGAUGAUAAACUUCUUGUUUUUUAUAACCGUUUUAUAUCAAGAAACUGUAUUGGGACAGCAGAAUUGUACAGACAAGUUUAUGGACCUUUCACUUGUGAAGUACAGAGCACAGAAUAUAGGAAAAGAGAGCAUAACUGAACAAUAUAUGGCCAGUAAUGCUUUAAGAGUCCUUUGGGAGUAUCAGUUCAAUUGUUCAUCUGCUAAUAUAACCAGCCUCAUACUUGGAAUUAACAUAAGAAGAGUUACUGAUUGUCACAGACUAUUUCCCAGUGUUCAGGUCUUCACAUCUAAUGGCAGUCAUUAUGAUCUAGUAACUGGCAGUGAGAGAAUUAUAUACUAUACCACCUCUAAUGUCAGUACCAAUGGAAUGUUUGAAUAUCUACUUGAUCCUCCUAUAAAAGUAAUGAAUGGAGAUGUGUUAGCUAUAUCACAACCAUUCAAGAAGUCUAGUGUUGUGAGGGUCCACUACAUCAAUGGAAUCAAUUUUAGCAGUAGCAUGGAGUAUCUUAUUGGGUCUGAAACUAUUGACUUGGGUAACUCUGUAAUAUCUAAUGAGUUAAUACUAGUGUAUCCAAUAACAAGUGGAUACUGUGUUAAUAGUACAAAUUCAAUUACUGCUGCAUUUAUUAAAGAGAAAGCUCUUGAAAUACAAAGAUCACAGCCAUUUCAUUACUUGAGUCAAUAUAUUUAUCCACAAAUUGUAUUUUCAUGUAAUGGAUCAGUUACAAAGUGGAUAUUUGGAGCUUACAGUAUGGGAAGUUCGAGUCAACCUGAGCUACAAAUAUGGCGUCAAACAAGUACCAAUAAUUACAGAAAAGUAGCAUCUAGUUUAGUUGAUACUAGUAUAUUGGUUGGUCCUAAUCUCUUUGAGUUUAUUCCUCAGGCUCAACUGCAGUUCCAGGAAGGAGAUAUGCUUGGUGUUUACAGUAACAUCAAUAAUGAAGAUAGUUUAGUAUUAUACGAACAAAGAGAGAGUGGACCAAUGAACCUUGAGAUUGGUCCUGUGUUUGACUCUCCUUUACCAACAACAGUAUCUCAUCAACUUGAUGCAGUCACUAACAAUGAUUUUCCAUUAGUUACUGUGGAAAUAAGUAGUGGUAUUCAGCCUAUUUCUGCUAUGUACACAUCAAGUACUACAAAAGGGACACUAAUCAUUUCAUCUUCAUUGAUAGCAGAUAAAUCUAUUCUUGUGUCUUCUCUCAGUUUUCAAACUGAUUCAACCCAGCCUCCAUUGGAAACAGCUACUGUAGUGUCAAUCCAGCCUCCAUUGGAAACAGUUACUGUAGUGUCUACUCUGACUGAAGCAACUCCUACUCUCACAACACUUUCCUGUAGUAAAAUUUCAUCAGAUCUAGUACCAUGGCUAAUUGGAGGAGCUGUAGGAGUGUUUCUGUUUAUAAUUCUUUUCUGUCUGCUAGUAGUAGGAUGUACUGUUGCUUUUAUGAAGAAGCGAAAACGUAACUUUGGCUUAGAAGCCUCUCGAAAUUAUGCUUUGGAGCCUGAUUAUAUCACUGUUGAUAUUGAAACAAGGAUGGGCAGUGCUCUAAAUAUGGCUAAAGAUGAGGACAAUUAUGUAUUUAUGACUUAAUUGAUGCGAAAUAAAUACUAACUGGUAAUUUUUGCUUAUAAUUGUUAUGCAUUUAUUUAGAGAUAUGUAGUUUUGUAAAUGUUGCUUAUUAGAUUAAAUAAAAUAGCUCUUUUUAUUGUCACUUGUAAAA